UGAUGGGGAGUUUCUUCCUGGAAAUUGACGUUGGGUUCCCUUUAGAACUCCCUCCUUGGACACAUAAGCCUGCGAUUCCGGAGAUUUCAGCUUUGUGGGAGUUGCCGAGCAAAACGCCCACGGGGAAGCGGAUGGUGCUGGGUGGCCGUCGGGGGCGUCCGAGGGAUGUGAGCGAGAAUUCCAGCGGAGGACAGAAGCUUCUAGGACUCCCUGGCCCCGGUGCACCAUGAGGCGGUGGGAGCAAAGUCACUCAGCAGAGGGAGGCUGGCGGUGUCCUCGCCCCGGGACCCGGCUCCUUCCUCUCCUGCUGCUGCUUUCCAGCCUGCAGGAAGCCACGGUGGCUGCCAAAAGCAGCAUUGACUUGGCACCAGGUUCCUUUGACGAUCAGUACCAAGGCUGUAGCCAGCAGACCAUGGAAGAGCUAAGUGAAGGGGAUUAUUUCACCAAAGAACUAGACGCCAAUAGGAAUUAUUCCAAGAUCUGGCAGAAUGCACACUUAAACUGGCUGAACCAAGAAAGGGCUCUCCCCGCGAACAUGACUGUAACACACGCUGUGGCCGUCCUGGUUUAUACCCUGAACAGCAACAUCCGCUCUGACUUCACCAGAGCCAUGGCCAGCACUGGUCAGUCCGCGGCGCAGUAUCCACACACCUUCCACUUCAAAUACCUCCACUACUACCUGACCUCGGCCAUCCAGCUGCUGAGGAAAGAAAUGCUCAGGAAAAAUGACUCUCGCUGUUACGAGGUGCAUCAUGAGGCAACGAAUGUGCCCUUGGAAGCAUCCAUUGGCGCCACACUUCGAUUUGGCCAAUUCCUUUCUGCCUCCCUCGUCAGAAAAGAUGCACCAAAGUUGGAGAACCAAACUCUGUUUACCCUGUCAACCUGCCUGGGUGUACCUGUGGAGUACUUCUCUCUCAAGAAGGAGGUCCUGGUCCCGCCCUACGAGUUGUUUGAAGUGGUCAAUGUAACCUCCCUCCCAAGAGGAAGUUGGGUGCGACUGCGGUCCACUGGGAACUUCAGUACAUACAACUGCCAACUGCUAAAAGCUUCCGGCAAAAAGCAUCUCCCUGUUCCUGUCAUCAUUGCAUCUCUGUCACUUCUGACCAGUGCCCUCAUCUCUUCCAAAAGCGGAAUAUAAAGGAAACUUGUGGUUUUGCUCUUCCUGCGCCCUUUUUUUGCCUCAUUUCCGAGAAGGACCCCAGGAUACCAAGGGGGACUCCUCUCCUGGAAAUCAAUUACUGCGGAACUGGCUCGGCCCCUCCCUACAAACGGCCGGUUCCUCAGCCUGGUUCUUCUCCGUGAACAUAGACAUUCAUGCAGAAAUUGAAAAUGACUCAGUCACGCCCGUGAGAUAUACUCAGGGCAACGGCUCUGAACUGAGAUUGAGAGUGGGGUGAAGACCCUUUAUUUUCAAGAUAGAGUCAAUACAGAAGAGGGACGAUGGGCUGCAAUGAGGGACAAAGGUCUUCAUCCAAUGGAGAGCACAGCUUCAACUAAGAUGGAGCUAAUACAAGCAAGAGCUGAGAAAUGAAAAGAAACGGCGUCCUGAGGGCAUGUGCAUGGGUCCCUCAAUCAGAACGAACCUGAUAUUAGAUGCUC